GCACCUGUACUAGAAUUUGACUAUCUCAUCUGUGGAGACUGUGGCAAAGAAUUCAUGGAUUCCUACCUUAUGCAGCACUUUGAUUGGGCAACAUGUGAUAAUUGCAGAGACGCUGAAGAUAAACAUAAGCUUAUAACAAGGACAGAAGCAAAAGAAGAGUAUCUUCUUAAAGACUGUGACUUAGACAAGAGGGAACCAGUGCUCAGAUUCAUUGUGAAGAAAAACCCUCAUAAUUCGCGGUGGGGUGACAUGAAACUUUAUUUAAAACUACAGGUAAUCAAGCGUUCCCUUGAAGUCUGGGGUAGUGAAGAAUCAUUGCAGGAAGCAAAGGAACUCCGCCGUGACAGCAGAGAGAAGAUGAAACAGAAGAAAUUUGAUAAGAAAGUUAAAGAACUCCGCCGCGCUGUGAGGAGUAGUCUGUGGAAGAAAGGAGCUAGUAUCCAUGAACAUGAGUAUGGACCAGAAGAAAACAUUGAUGAAGAUACAUAUAAAAAGACUUGUACUGUAUGCGGCCAUGAAUUAACUUAUGAGAAGAUGUAGUGUUAAUCGUCUUUUUUUUUUUUUUUUUAAUUUCAUUAUCUUUUUAAUGGUAUUUUGUAUUAAAGUCAAAUAAAUGCGCAUUAUGAACAAGCUGUUGCCAAA